ACAAUAAUGUGGCUCACAGGGGGAAAGUUGUGGUCUCCUAGUGUCUCCUUAUUGGAACCACAUGGGGACGGUCUAGUCAACCUUUUCUCUCAUCCUAGAGAAACUGGCGUUUAAAGCGGGUUUCCCAUCUACCGCCCAGCUGUAGAAAUGAAAUGAAAUGUAGUUCAUUUGCAAUCUGUGACCCACUCAUCUAUUCUCCUGCACAUCGGCUCGCGCACCAUGGCAUGUAACUUUCCCGCUCCUAUGGCACUCAGUGGUCAUUGCCUGGUGUGUUUAAUUAUUCCGUGACACCUAUGGAAUAUGAGAGUCCAUAGCAACCCAGGGAGCUGUUCAAACCCGAAAACCGAGCGCCCGACCCCUAAAAGGGCCACAACGACUGGUGUGGAGGCCUCUCCUUUUGCACCCUCUAUGCAGAUGAACAGCGAUGGCCACAGAAUCCCACCCACCUGAACAGUACGAACACACAGUGGAACACGAUUCAGUCGAUGACGUGGUAAACAUGGAGCAUGUACUGAACUCACUGGAGAGGGUCAUUCUCACCAUCUUCCUCUCCAUCAUCAUCAUCAUGACUGUUCUGGGAAACCUGCUGGUGAUGGUGGCACUCUGCAAGGACAGACAUCUUCGGAAAAAGAAGACCAACUACUUCAUAGUGUCGUUGGCGUUUGCAGACCUCCUGGUUGCUGUGGUUGUCAUGCCAUUUGCAGCCAUUGAGCUGACCACAGGUCAGUGGAGGUAUGGGGAGAUCUUCUGUCUGGUCAGGACCUCGUUGGAUGUGUUUCUGACCACUGCAUCUAUCCUACACCUGUGCUGCAUAGCACUAGACAGGUACUAUGCGAUCUGCUGCCAGCCGCUGGUGUACAGGACUAAGAUGACUCCCGUCAGAGUGGCCCUAAUGCUGGGGGGAUGCUGGGUCAUCGCCUCCUUCAUCUCCUUCCUUCCCAUCAUGCAAAGCUGGCAUGCCAUCGGCAUAGAGGACAUUAUUGAGGAGAGGAAGUACAGCAGCAGCAGCAGCAACAAGACCAACUGUGUAUUUGUGGUGAACCGUCCGCAUGCUCUCAUCUGCUCCGCCGUGGCCUUCUACGUUCCCCUGGGCCUUAUGGUGCUGGCCUACCAGCGCAUCUACAUCACCGCCAUGGGCCACGCGCGGCAGAUCGGCACGCUGCAGCGGGCAGGCUCCGCCCACUACUCGGCGCCCCCCCAUCACUACCUCAGCUCCGAGCAGCAGGGCUUCAGUCGCAUGCGCAUAGAGACCAAAGCUGCCAAGACCCUGGCUGUCAUCAUGGGCUGCUUCUGUCUCUGCUGGGCCCCAUUCUUCAUCACCAACGUGGUGGACCCCUUCAUCCACUACAGUGUGCCCUGGCAGAUGUGGACCGCCUGGCUGUGGCUUGGCUAUAUUAACUCUGGCCUUAACCCCUUUCUCUACGCCUUCCUGAACAGGGCCUUCAGACGGGCCUUCCUCAUGGUACUGUGUUGUGGUGGUGAGAGAUACGUACGCCAGGGGAGUGACGGCCCCACCAGACGCUACUCUGGAUCUGUCAAUGGGACCUCCGUCGCACUCAGACAUUCAUCGUCAAGUGAAGACAAGUAAAGGAUGGGGCAUCAUUAGGGAGAUUUAGAUUUGCUCUUAUACCCCGUUUUUUUCCAUACCCAAUUUGGUUGGGCACGUUGAGCAGUGCUGUACUCUUCUACCAGACUCAGAGGCCCAUGUGUGAGGAAGGCACUUAGGCCACUCAGCCCGCGCCUAUAUGACCUCAUCAACACUACUGGAUACACAGAGGGGGGAAAACAAAAUGCAUGUGACUAUAUCCUGGAUUGUCAAUUGGCCCAGAAGUAGUAUGUAUGUGCUUUUUAAACCACAUUGACAUUUUGAAAUGGGAUAGUGUUUGUUUAUUCAUGUUUUUAUGAUUAUGUUUUCCUUUUGAAAUCGGAUAAGGUGCCGGAUGUUGUGAUCUUUUUGUGUCAUCAUUUAUCUUUCUCAAAGGUUGUUUAGAGAAAGAGAGAGAGAGAGAGAAGUAGCUGGUUUUACAUACUUCUCUCCAGGGUGACUUAGCCUUUUUUUAUUGUUCAGUGUUUUGUUUGUGAGUUUUUCACAUAAUGAUUGACUUUGUUUCCAUACAAAAUGUUACAAGUCUACCGUCCAUGUGUUUAUAUUUUAUUACGUUUUGGAAAAUAACAUUUCAUUCUUAACUGGUAACUCUGCGGCCAUAUUCACAGUUGUAGUGGUUACUCCUUGGAUUCAUUUUUGUGUAAUAUAGUAGGCGGAAAAACAAACGGUAUUAGAGUCACCCUAAUGUCUCUCUAUU